AGACCGGCUUCGGGCCACACGGGUGAUCCUGAUUGGUGCGUGAGGGACCGGGCCGUCUCUGCACUCUCCAAGAGGUUCAGGUGACCCAAGACUAGGGGAAGUGAGGACGGUACUCGCAGCUGCCGGCUUCGGGCCGUGGCUCAGCACACGUCCGCUCUGUAAGCCGGCGACCCUCCCUCCGAGCCUCAGUUUCCCUCGCUGACUCGUAGGUGACGGCUGAGACCGUUAAGGGCCCUUCCUGGAGCCACGUACUCUCCAUCCCCCCGCAGCAGCCCAGCAGCAGUCCUCUAGGCGUAUAGCGCCCUCGUCUGACCGGGAAACUGAGGCCCCGGCAGGCUGCGAGAGGCCGUGGGCGGGGACGGGCAAUGCCCGGGUCUCCGGCCCGUCGUGCCCCGCCCCCACUGCAGAUUCCGACCGCGGCGAGCUGGCCUCCGACAGAUAAAUCGCCGCCGGGCCUGAUGGCCUUUGAGGACGUGGCUGUGUACUUCUCCAAGGAGGAGUGGACAUUCCUGGAUGCAGCUCAGAGGGCCCUGUACCGCCAUGUAAUGCUGGAAAACUUCGCACUUGUAGACUCCAUAGGUAAAGCCCUGAAUCCUCCAUUGGAAGCAAAGCUGGGACCAGGACUCUCUGUCUCCCGGCCUCGUGUCAUCAUCCAACUCCAGCGUGGUGAGGAACCCUGGGUUCCCAAUAGGACAAAUACAGGCCCAGGCAGGAGCACCCACAGAAGACCCAGCAUUGGAUCCAAUUACUAUGCAAGGGACAGACGCGUGUCUAGAGAUGCAGCACUUCCAGGGGCUACCUGUGACGGUCCUGAUGGGAUACCUGCUGGUGCCUGCCCUGAUGCAAAAAUCCUGGAGAGGCACCAGAGUGCCUCCCCAUCUCUGCAGAGAAAACCCACAGGGGUAUCUGUGAUCUACUGGGAGCAGCUACUGCUAGGUGCCGGCAGCAAGGAGGCAACUGUGAGCCUGCGACUAACCUCCCCAGUGGGGGUUCCUGAAGACAGUUCUUCCAGAGUGAAGGCCUUCUCUGACCUCUUGGCCCCAGGGAAGCAGUCACAGGUAGCCGGGCAGCAAAAGCCAGAGAUGCAGCUAACUCCUGGGAGAGUCUUCCAAAGCAUCCCAGACCUUCAUGAGGCACGUGGAAUUAGUGGGGCUUGGCACGAAUCUCAGAUAGACCCCAGUGUUCCAGAGCCCCCAAUAUGGGACGAGCUGGGCGAGGCCCUCCAGGCUGGCCCGGGUCUUCUUUCCGGGGACAAACCUUUUGAAUGCAGGGCAUGCAACAAAGUGUUCGUGAAGAGCUCAGACCUCCUCAAGCACCUGCGUACCCACACGGGAGAACGGCCGUAUGAGUGCUCCCAGUGCGGCAAGGCCUUCAGCCAGACAUCACACCUGACUCAGCACCAGCGCAUCCACAGUGGGGAGACGCCCUAUGCAUGCAUGGUGUGUAGCAAGGCCUUCCGACACAGCUCCUCGCUGGUGCGCCACCAGCGCAUCCACACAGCCGAGAAGGCCUUCCACUGCAGCGAAUGUGGCAAGGCUUUUAGCCACGGCUCCAACCUCAGCCAGCACCGCAAGAUCCACGCAGGAGGGCGGCCCUAUGCCUGCGCUCAGUGCGGCCGCCGCUUCUGUCGCAACUCGCAUCUCAUCCAGCACGAGCGCACGCACACCGGGGAGAAGCCCUACGCCUGCUCCCUCUGCGGCGCAGCCUUCAGCCAGGGCUCCUCGCUCUUCAAGCACCAGCGUGUGCACACCGGAGAGAAGCCUUUCUCGUGCCCACAGUGUGGCCGUGCCUUCAGCCACAGCUCCAACCUCACCCAGCAUCAGCUGCUGCACACUGGCGAACGGCCCUUCCGCUGCGGGGACUGUGGCAAGGCAUUUGCCAAGGGCGCAGUGCUGCUCAGCCACCGGCGCAUCCACACGGGUGAGAAGCCCUUCGUGUGCACGCAGUGUGGCCGCGCCUUCCGUGAGCGCCCCGCCCUCUUCCAUCACCAGAGGAUCCACACCGGAGAGAAGGCCCUUCGGAGGCCCAGGGGCGGCAUGCAUUCCCAAGCGAGGUCUCUAGGGGCAUCCUUAGAUGGUACACCUCCCAAGGCCACCUUAGGCCCUGCAGUGGUCCCAAAGCUAACUGAGACCUGAGGUCACAGCAGUGCCCUUCCCUGCUUUCUCUGAAUCCCUUUCACUCACUGUUGAAGAGCCUGUGUCCUCAGAAAAUCCACUGAGAAGCCCUGUUAUGUGAACCAGGUAUGGGGAAGACUUGCCAGUCAGUGCCAUUUACAUCUGACGAGAUCUGCUGUUUAGUCACCAUUCACACCUAUACCCCGAAAGAAGCCGUUCUGGAGAGGCAAGGAAGUAUGCAUGGACCCCCUGGGACUGGUGGAGCAGAUGAGGACUGCCCCCAGAAUCAGUGGGUAUCUCACAGAUAUUAUCUUCAUGUUGAUGUCGCUUCAGUGUUUCCUGACUGUGGCUGUGAAAACAGGAAAGGAGCAGGCAGUAGGUAGAGAUGGACGGAAGACUCUGGCUGCGCCCAAAAUAGCUGCUGGAGAGACACCCCCAGGGUUCAGGGCAUUCCGUUUCCUUGGUGCUAGCCUCAGGCAAAUAAAUGGUUUGUUUCUGAACCUCAGCUUUCCCCUCUGGGAAAACAAAGAGGGAAGGAGAUUUGGGCCAAUGGAGGGGAGUAUUAAAAAAUAUUCUAGCAACUGGAUGCCUUUAAACCCAGUACUAGG